AUGUCGCGAGUGCCACAACGAGGUACUUCUCGACUUGCAGUUCCAUCACCCCGAGUCCGAACGACUUCUACUGGCGCCAACACUAAGACAGCCUCUCCUAGUGCUGCAAAUGCACGCAUUAGGACAAAGUCGACUGCUGGUCGUCCUCCAACAUCACCCUCGAAACCUCCUCAAGAUGAAAGUAGCAAACCACCACAACUUUCACUGAAGGAGGCCAUUGCCCUAAAGCGCGCUGAAGCGAAAAAGGCUCAAAGCAGCUCGCGUUCAAGUCCUCUUGACGACUUGGGUACUCUCGAGGACGCCAUUCCCAAUGCCCCUCCACCGGAUGAUGAGGAUAUCCUCGGUCGACCACCCCUACGAGAGGCCAUUGAACGGGCAAAGAGCACUGGCUCGAUAAACCUGUCCACACGCGGUCUGGUCUGUAUUCCUUCAGCUCUCUUCGACAUCCACCUUGGGAUCACACCUGAGCCGUUGAAAUCUGUCCCCCAAGAGCCCCCACUUCCACCAGCGCCAGAGCCUCCGAUCGGAAAAACUAAACGCGGCCCAGCAUGGUAUGAGACGCACGACCUGGAAAUCAUCAAGGCUUGGGGCAAUGAAAUCGUCGAGAUUCAACCAGAAAUAGCGUUGUUUGGCUCCCUCAAGUCUGUCGACCUGCAUAAGAACAAAAUUGCCUCUUUACCACCUCAAUUCGCUGAUCUGGCUAUCCUGACCACCCUUGACAUUUCACACAACCUUCUCACCGCUCUGCCACCAAAUCUAUUCUCACUUCCCUCCCUAUCCAACCUCAAUGUCUCUCAUAACCGUCUUGCAUCCUUGCCAUUCACUGCACCUUUUUCGCGAGCACAGAAACAAACUGCGAAGUCUUCAUUAGGAAGCGGUGGCUUGUUUGGUCCGCAAAUUGAGCGUGCUACCACUCCCCUCCCUAAACUAGCCAUCUUGGAUGCAUCGAACAACAGCUUCAACGCUGCCAGUAUCGAUACAGACCUACCCAAAGGCCUGAUUAGCCUAGAUUUGUCUGGAAACGAACUCGGAGACGGUCAUUUACCGAAACUGUUUGCGGCUUUUGGCAAGCUGGCCAAACUGAAAACGUUGCGUAUUGCCAAAGCAGGUGGGGUUGACGACGCGCUCUUCGCCGAUCUGUCCGCUUCAACGGCGUUCCCUACUUUAACCACCCUAGACCUUGGUGAGACGGGCGUUUCGGAAUCGGGUGCUCGUAUGGCGCUUCAACCAGUGCUAUCUCAAACACUAACAUUUGAUGUUACCAACGAUGAUCCGCCUCCUGGAACGACACGGGUGGUAGUUGGCAAGAAAGUCGUGCGGGAAGCAUGGGAGCUAGAAGCAGAAAGAAGGGCUAAGGUGCGGGGCAAGGGAGAAGAAGAAGAUGGUAUUGCUUUCCCUGCACCAAAACCAGCGUCGUCCAGAGUUGUGAAGAGACCAACGACUGCCACAAUAACUUCCCCGAAACCGAUCAAAGAGGCGUGGGAACUCGAAGCAGAAGCGGGCCUGCUCACAGAAGGCGGGCGUAGGCGUGCAAGAGCAGUGGCCGCAGCCAAGUCAAACGACACAGAUGGAGAAGAGCCAGUCCGUCAGCCAUCACCAACAAAAGCCAUCGCCUCUGUCUUAUCGGACCCACAAUACUACAAUUCCCGUAGCGAUACCUUGACGCUUCCACCGACAACUCCCCCUCCUAAGUCGACUGGCCACGCUCGCGCGUUUUCCCUUGCUUUUGACAGAAAUUCUGCUCCACCCCGUGCGACCGAUGUGUCGCUGCCAACAGCGACAAUGCCACUGACCGCUAUCGCGGCCCAGCCAUUCGCCGGGUCGUUGAGAGUACUGGUGUUACAAGGCAGGAGAGUCGACAGAGUGAUGGUCUUGCCUAAUUCUUCCGGAGCGUUUCUUCCCUCACUCGAAGAGCUUACCUUGGAGGGAUGUAAUCUCUCAGACUCGGUGUCUAUAAGCAUCCCUGAGGACGACACGCUGAAUAUUGUAACAACGCCACCUGUGACUGAACAGCGUCCACUCCUCCAGCUCAUCGCUCAGCUCUUUCCCAGUCUGAAAAGCUUAAACUUGGCCUACAAUUUGCUAACAAGUGCUGCUCUGGGAGCCUCAGAGGAAGUUUUAGCUUCACUUGUCUUAUCGUCGGCGUCUCCAGCACGUGCUGGUCUUCGCUCUCUGAUCAUGCGCGGGAAUCGCAUCGAUUCGCUGGACAGCUUCCAGAACAUCGCGAUGCGCUUCAAGAGCAACCGCCAAGUUCCUGGUUGGACGCUCGAAGAACUCGAUCUCAGGGACAACGAAAUAGCCAAACUGCCUGCAGAAAUGGGGAUGCUUCCCUUGGAUGUAUUUUUGGUGGAUGGAAAUACUUUCCGUGUCCCAGCGAGGCGAGUUUGGGAGCGCGAGGGAACAAAAGGGCUGUUGAGCUGGUUGCGUGGUAGGAUGGAAUAA